AUGAUGAGGUCUCGUGUGGUGUCCUCCCUCAUUGUGGACAGAAUUCGUGCAAAACCAGAGCUGAAGCCAAUUGAGAUUAUACACGAGUUCAAAGAUUAUUAUGGUAUAGACAUUUCAUACUACCACGCAUGGUUUGGCAAAGAGUUAGCUAAAUUGGACGUUCACGGUGAUGAGUCGAAGUCCUUCAACGAGUUAGUGUGGUAUGCGGACGCCGUAAAGGAAACUAACAUUGGUUCUCUCUGCACUCUUGAUUGUGAAGUUGGAAUUAAUCGCUUUCGACGGUUUUUUGUGUCUUUUGGCGGUUGCAUUGCUGGAUUUCAAUAUUGCAUACCCUUGUUGUUCAUUGAUGCUACGUUUUUGAAGAGCAAGUACAAGGGGCAGCUUCUCUGUGUUUCGGGAAAGAAUGGAAAUCAAGGGUUUUAUCCUCUAGCUUUUGGAGUUGUUGAUUCUGAGACAGAGGAGAAUUGGACUUGGUUUCUUCAACAUUUGGCUUCUAUAUUGCUACCGAUGGGGGGAGUGGUGACCUUUUUCUCGGACCGCAAUCAAGGUUUGUUAAAUGCAAUGGGGUUUGUGUUUCCCGGAUGGCCUCAUUCUUACUGUUAUUAUCACCUCAAACAGAAUUUGAUAUCAAAGUACCCGAAGUCAGGUUAUAGGAAACUGCUCCAAGACCGUGUUAUCAAUUUAUUUAGUAGAUGCGUAUAUGCUGUUACGGAGGAAGAGUUUAAGGUAGCAAUGGAGGAGUUGGUGAUUGUUGGGAGUUCGAAAGUGAAGGCAUUUAUAUCUGAUUUGUCUAGAGAUCACUAUGCCAACGCAUUUUUCAAAGGAAUGCGUUAUGGGGAGAUGGCAAACAGUUUAGCGGAGUCCUUUAUUAAUUGGGUUGGUGUGUUUCGAGAUUUGCCGGUGCUACCUUUGAUAGAAGGGAUUCGACAGAAAUUGAUGGUAUUGAAUUCUCAACGACGAUUUGAAGCGGAGAAGUGGACAACAGUUUUGUGUCCGGAGAUGGAAACUAGACUCUGUGAAAAUGCGGAGGCCGGUAGGACUUGGGCAGUUCGUCGUUCUAAUUCCACUAUUUUUGAAGUAUUUGCUGAUUAUUCUGUGAUGGUUGAUCUCGAGCAAAGGACUUGUUCUUGCCGUCUUUGGCAAAUUGACGGUUUUCCUUGCACACAUGCGGUGGCUGCAAUCCUAGCAAAGAGAGAUUCAGUUUAUGAUUACGUGGAGUGUUACUACAAAACCGACUUCUUUCGAAAAGCCUAUGAGAGUCCUAUUUUUCCUAUUCCAUAUAUUGGGAAAGGAUUGGGCAGCAAUGGUUCUGCAGCUGGAGUUGUGCUUCCGCCAAUUACAAAGAGGCCAGCCGGAAGACCACCAACAAAGAGGAUCAAAGUUUUUGGUGAAUUUAAAAGGCCAUUGAAAUGCAGUCGGUGCAGUGUUGCUUGGCACAAUAGGAAGACUUGCAAGGCUAUUAUAUGA